AUGUGCAUAAACAACGAGACCGUGGACGAGCAAAUGCUACAAAACGUGGUGAACAAGGUCUCAAAGGAUGCCGGAGUUGAAGUGUUGGACUUCAUGAUCUAUGGCGAUCCAGCUGCCGUUCCUCCUUCCUACACGAUCUUCUGGGAGCUCGGGAAUGCCAAAGACUACUCCAAAACUCAAGUCUUGGAGCAGUGCUGUGCCAACGUACUUAAGUCUUUCAAUCCAGAGCAUACGAGAAAAGGCACGGACGGGCUGAUCGAUUCGUUCGAGCUGGUGAUUGUCAAGAAAGGAACGUUUGAGAGGCUGAUGGAGGAGGCUGUCAAGAACGGCGCGUCUCCAGCUCAGUACAAGACCCCUCGCUGCGUCGCGUCCUCGAGAAUAUUGGAAGCUCUCAACUCUGGACGCGUUCACAGCUACAAGAGCUCUGCAAUGUCGAAAGUCAACUAG